AUGAUCAAAGUGUCAACAAGUGGUAAAAAGAAGGGUGCACAGAAAUAUCAAAAUGCUUAUGCUUUCCGUGCAAACAAAAAUUCAAAAAAAACAAAAAUAAUUAACUCAUUACCAAUAAAUGGAAUAUGUAAAAGAUGUAAAGAUAUUAUUGAGUGGCGUAAAAAAUUUAAAAAAUAUAAAUCAUUGAAAACACCUAAGCGUUGUGUUUGCUGUGAAGAGAAAACCGUCAAAGAAGCCUAUCAUAUCUUGUGUAAUAAAUGUGCCAAAGAAAAGGGUGUUUGUGCAAAAUGUCAAGGAUCAGAGGAUAUUGUACCAAGCGAUGUGAAAAGUGAUAAAGAAUUGUUACAAGAACAACAAGAGCUCGAUUCUAUAUUAUCAUCAUUACCAGAACGAAAGAAGAGAACAUAUUUACGUCAGUUGGAACGCGGAGGAGAGGUGUCGAUUAGCAACCAAGACCAAGAAGACGAUGACCAUCUCGAUAGCGUUUCAGAUGAAGAGACAAGUGACGAAGAGAAUUCGUAG